UUGCCAGCUUUUCCUUUUUCUCAUUCUCUCUCUGUCUCUGUCUCUCUCUCCCUCUCUCUCUCUCUGUCUCUCUCUCCAAAGUCCAUACUUUUUUUGAUUUGUGGAAUUACUCCAGUUCCUACUUGGUUCAGCACAGCCUCCACAAUCUCCUCUUCUUGGUCUUUCUCUUUUUGUAUUUUUACAAUAAAAAGACUUAGUUUUGUGUGUUGUUGCUGAUACCCGUUAGCAUUUUGUGUUCUGGGUCAAUGCGGUCAUGUUCUUUGCAAAUUAGGGCUUCAAUCAGUGGUCUGGGGUGAUCGAUUCUGGUUUAUGUGUGGAUAAGGAAUGUAGUUGGAGAAGGUGGUGUGUAUUCUGAAUAAUAAAGAUUUAAUCUUCAUUGUUGGGGAUGCUACGAAUUUUGUAAAUUUAGCACCUUUUUUUUUAUUUGCCCCUUAUCCUGGAUUUGUUCCUUAUUCCCCUUUGACGGCUAAUCGGACGACUAGAUUAGAACAUCUCAUUGGAUUUGAGUGGAUGCUCCAAUAGAGGUUGGAAAUUUUGACCUGGUGGACCCCUUGGUGCACAUAAUUUGGUGGUGGAAUUGGGAACAAAUCUGAGCAGCAAAGGCUCGCUGUAGUUACCGGUGAGGGUGUAUUGAAGCUCUUUUAGGAUGGAUCAUGUUAUUGGUGGGAAAUUUAAAUUGGGAAGGAAAAUUGGGAGUGGGUCUUUUGGGGAGCUUUAUAUUGCUGUUAAUAUACAAACUGGAGAGGAGGUGGCUAUCAAGCUGGAACCUGUGAAGACCAAGCAUCCCCAGCUUCACUAUGAGUCAAAAUUGUAUAUGCUUCUUCAAGGAGGAACGGGUAUUCCCCAUCUCAAGUGGUUUGGAGUAGAGGGAGAUUACAAUGCGAUGGCAAUCGAUCUUCUUGGACCAAGUCUGGAAGAUUUAUUCAAUUAUUGCAACCGGAAGUUAACAUUGAAGACAGUGUUAAUGCUUGCUGAUCAAUUAAUUAACAGAGUUGAAUAUAUGCACUCUAGAGGUUUCCUUCACCGUGACAUUAAGCCAGACAAUUUUUUGAUGGGCCUUGGACGUAAAGCAAACCAGGUUUACAUCAUCGACUAUGGCCUUGCAAAGAAAUAUAGGGAUCUUCAGACACAUAGGCACAUACCAUACAGGGAAAACAAGAACCUUACUGGCACAGCUAGGUAUGCAAGUGUUAACACUCAUCUUGGAAUAGAACAAAGCAGAAGGGAUGAUCUGGAAUCUCUUGGUUAUGUGCUCAUGUAUUUCUUAAGAGGAAGUCUUCCCUGGCAGGGACUGAAGGCUGGCACCAAAAAACAAAAAUAUGAUAAAAUCAGUGAGAAGAAAAUGUCAACUCCGAUAGAGGUGCUUUGCAAAUCAUAUCCCUCAGAGUUUGUAUCAUAUUUUCACUACUGCCGAUCCUUGCGGUUUGAGGACAAGCCUGAUUAUUCAUAUUUAAAGAGGCUUUUUCGAGAUUUAUUUAUUCGAGAAGGCUAUCAAUUUGACUAUGUUUUUGAUUGGACUAUAUUGAAGUAUCCACAGAUCGGUGGCAGCUCUAGAGGGCGGCAUGAAAGUGGCAAGGCAGCUAUGCAUGCUGGACCAUCUGUACAAAAGCCAGAAAAGAUAUCAGUUGGGAAAGAGAUUCGGGAAAAAUUCUCUGGUGCUGUUGAAGCUUUCUCCCGGAGGAAUCCAACAAGUUCUAGUCCUCGUGGUGAUCACUCCAAACAUAGGGGUUUUGAGGAAGGAGCAGUGCACAAGGACGUGUAUCAUGAUCAAGAGAAGGGACGUAAUUCAUCUCGAUACGGUAGCAGUUCAAGAAGAGCCAUAAUCUCAUCAUCAACCAGGCCAAGUUCAUCCGGGGAUCAUACCGACAGUCGUACUGGCCGGCUCACCUCAAGUUUGAGCCGUCCAUCAACAACACAUAGAAACAUUCAACCUAUGUACGAGAGCAAACAACCAACGUACACACGGUCUGGAUCUACCAGAGGCAACCGUGACGACCCUCUCCGGAGUUUUGAACUCCUCUCUAUCAGGAAGUAACAAGUAUAUUUAGUUUCAUUUGUUGCAAAGACAUUUUCUAAAUUCUAAUGCACCUGUUUCUCCCAGAACUAUUGAUCUCAAGCUUUAUGGAAUCAUGUUCACGUAUAUUAUUGCAUUGCAAUGAGCCACGAGCCAUGAGGUUAUAAGCAACUUCAUUUGCUGUGUAUCAAGGUGGACUAUUUUCUACCCCCUCCUAGAUAGUUCCUUCUGAAGAAGAUUUCUCAGAUGUUGUACCAUGUUCCUAAAACAUGCUUCUGAGAAUUCAACCAGCGUCCUCUCUUGUUUACCAUAAAAACUUUCUUUUCUAUAAAAACAAAAUAGAUGAAAGUAGAGUUGUAGUUUAUGAUACAUUUGUUCUUGUCUUUUUUGCAAUGAGACUCAACACUGUCUCUA